AUGACAUUGGAAUGGUUUAUAUUGCCUAUUGAUGCUCAAACAAAAGAUACAAGUACUGGUAUUAUGAUAGUGCCACCAAAAUGGACUUGGUAUAUUUGUAGUUCACUAGAAACGAAUUAUAUAAGUUAUAAUGUAAUAUGGAUAACUACUUCUUCUGGAGCAACUCCAGGAUUUGGAUUUCCACCACAAGAAGGAAACCAUCCAAAACAAUACAAUAAAAAAGGACUUUUAACCUUUGCAGCAAACUAUACAGGGAUACAACAAUUAUUAGAUCCAACAAGAACCCCAGCAGGAUACGUUCAGGAAUUGUCAUGUUUUGAUGAGGGACCGGUAAUGGGAUGCAAAAAGGAAUCAAAUCCACCAUUUAGUACCAAUGCUAUAGUUUGUCUAGCUGUAAUCAAUCCAAAUGAUGACGAUUUAAAAUUUGCUGGAACAUUCUCCUUUAAACUUGGUACACCACCACCAGUAAUGCCAAAAUAUGAUCCACCUGUUGUUUCCACCAUCGAUGAAACUACUCCAACUGCUGCAGCUCCCCCAACCACCACAAAGGUAAUACAAACCAAUGACUCUCCCUUUAUUAGUGGUAGCGAUGGUGCUGUUCUUCAACAAAACACUUUCAACACUCCAAAAAAUACCACCAACGCAACAUCAAACUAUAUUCGAGAUAGUUUGUACACUCCUCUGCGUCCCACAGGUCUUGCAUGGAAUAAUAGAAGACUUACCAAUGUUUCCAUAGUUCGUUUAAGAAAAGGUGGAAAACGAUUUGAAAUAGCUUGUUAUAAAAAUAAAGUGUUAGAAUGGAGAACUGGAGUUGAAACAGAUUUGGACGAAGUUCUUCAAAUAAACAAUGUAUUUUUAAAUGUAUCGAAAGGUCAAGUAGCAGCAAAAGAUGAUUUAGUAAAAUCAUUUAAAACAGAAGAUUUAAAUAAAAUUAUUUUAAAGAAAGGAGAGCUUCAAGUUAGUGAUAAAGAAAGAUCACAUCAAAUGGAUAAUAUAUACCGGGAAAUUGCUACCAUUGUUGCAGAAAAAUGUGUAAAUCCUGAUACUAAAAGACCAUACACAGUCACUAUGAUUGAAAAAUCAAUGGGAGAAUUGCAUCUUUCAGUAAACGUCAAUAGAAGUACAAAACAACAGGCAUUGGAAGUAAUUAAACAACUGCAAGAAAAAAAAAUAAUUCCUAUUGCACGUGCACAAAUGAAAUUAAGAAUCACGAUUCCAAAUAAUAAAGAAGCAAAGAAAAUAAAAGAAAGAUUGACUGAACUAAUCUCACAAAUAGAAGACGAAAAUUGGUCAGAUGAAUGUGAAUUGAUAUGUACGAUUGAUCCAGGACAUUAUAGAGAAAUCAAAGAAAGGUUACAAUCAGAUACAAAAGGAAAAGGUCAAUUAGAACUAUUAUCUCUUAAUGACGCAACAUCUAAGAGUGAAAUUCACAAAUAUAUGAAACAACUUUCUGAUGUUGAAGAGGGUGACCCCGUUUUAACCAUAAUCCCAAAUCCUCCAUGGGUCAAUCAACAUGGACAGAAUGUAUAUAAUUUGGUUAUGAAUGCUUUUGCAACAGUUAAUAUUCGUCGUGCAAAUCAGCAUAGGGAUAAAAAUUCAUCUUGCAUUUUUCACUUUCGAGAUAUGGAAGAAAUUUACAGUGUACGUGAUGCUAUUGAAACUUUACAACCCAAUGCCUUUUGCAUUCCACCUUCCUACAAUGCUUAUCUUCCUGGUGCUCAGCUUACACCAAUUGGAACGGCCUGGUAUCUUUACAAGACAGGGGGGGGUGUUAAAACUGAUUUUGCAGAGGACAUGCGAUUUUUUAAUAUUCAAUAG